UUGCCUGUCAUCUGUACAGUAAUAACUACUGUUGCUGGGAUUCAUCCUCAACUAUCUAGAAGAUAAGGAGACACCAACGUGAGUCAAAGGUUCAUUCAGCAUCCUUUCAACGCUCAGCAGACCAGCUGUCCACUAUGAACACCAUGCUGACCACGAGCCAGCAGAAAACUAUCUGCUCCCAGCGGGGAAGAGUCAAACUCCAGCUGCUGUACAAGGCCAGCAUCCAUGGUUUCACCGGCGCAGCCUUCCACGAACAAUGUGACACCCGUUGUCCCACAGUGUCCGUGGGCUAUAACGCUUCCGGUUAUGUGUUUGGAGGCUACACCACACAACCUUUCAGUCAGUCUGGAGAGUUUGUGCGUGAUGACCUGGCCUUUCUUUUCACCUUCAGUGGAGAAAAGCUCCUCAAAUAUCCAGUCACCAGUCCCGCUAAUGCAGUGAAAAUGAUGGGUAACUGUGGUCCAUAUUUUGGAGAAGCGUUGGUUUUUUUCAAUGGAAGCAAUGUAGUGCAUAGUAAUCCAGGCAAUCAUUACAACUUCAAUGCUGCAGAAAUGCAUGGCAACGACCUCAAUCUGACGGAGUGUGAAGUCUAUCAAGUGGAGGGUGAGUACACGAUAAAAAAAACGCCAUGGAGGACUAUAAACUGGGAAUCUGAGAAGAAGAAUGAGCUAAUGGAGAGUAUUAAGAUCUACAAACCCACAGUCAGCUCUGUGACCCAUGCUCGGGUCCUGCUCAUUGGACCAGUUGGAGCUGGAAAGUCCAGCUUCUUCAAUUCUAUCAACUCUGUAUUCAGAGGCCACGUCACCGGCCAGGCCAUCGCUGGCUGCUCUACCACCAGCGUCACCACACAGUUUCACACCUACCCAGUGAAAGCUGGACGAGAAGGAACACCUCUGCCAAUCACCUUGUGUGAUACCAUGGGAUUGGAGGAAAGUAUGGGGGCGGGGCUUGACAUAGAUGACAUCAGCAGCAUCCUCAAAGGUCAUCUGCCAGAUCGUUAUCAGUUCAACCCCUCGGCUCCUCUGCUUUCGGAGGCCAGCGGCUACCGCAAGUCUCCCGAACUCAAGGACAAGAUCCACUGCGUGGUCUACGUCAUUGAUGCCUGCAAGGUCUCCAUCAUGGCCACAAAGCUGGAGGAAAAGCUGAAUGCUAUCCGCAGAAAGGUCAACUUAAUGGGGAUUCCUCAGCUGGUCAUGCUUACAAAAGUUGAUGAAGCCUGCCCUUUGGUGACAGAGAACGUGAGAAACGUAUACAAAAGUGGCUACAUUAAGGAAAUGAUGCAGGAGAUCAGCGCUCGGCUUGGUGUGCAAGUGUCCUGCGUUGUUCCAGUGAAGAACUACACCGAGGCGUUGGAGUUGGACCCGGACUGCGACAUCCUGCUGCUCAGCGCCGUCAUCCAGAUGCUUCGCUUUGCAGAUAAUUGCUUUGAUGAGAUGAGUGACCAAUUCAGCAGUAUUGAAGUAAAAUAAUAGCAAGUAUUUGUAACCUUGUAGAGCCUCCAGUAUUUCCUGGGCCUCGGAUCAAUCAAUCAACAAAUCAAUGUUAUUUGUCGUAUCAACUCUUACAAGGUACAACUUUUAUUCAUCAUUAAACAGACGCCACCUCCUCUUUCUUUUCCUCUGUUCUGCCUGAUCAGUGUAAAGACACCUGGUUGAAUGACACUGUCCACUAAUCCGUGUUCUGGUGAAACAAGGACAUUAUAGUUCCUGAUAUCCUGUAGGAAAAACUGAUGCGGGCACCUCCAGUUUCUGACUUCAGAAACUCAGUGUGCUGAUCCUUAUUUUUAUUGUGUCCCUCGGCUGCAAAAUAUGCAGUGUUCUUUCUGAUUCGGUUGUGCUUUUAUUAUUAUUAAACUGUUUACAUUAUAAUACAUUAUCUGAUUUUACUGUAAGUAUGACAUUAUUUUUUUAACUGGUAUUAUGUUUCUAUAAACUGAAGAAAUGUUGUCAUGCUGAAGUAUUGUGUAUUGGGUUCAUGAAAAACGAAAGUUAAGUCGUUUCUGUCAAAUCAGCUAAAAUGUGUCUUUAACUUCCAGUAAUCACCAUCAAAAUAAAAUGAGUAUUGCGUGUUAAAA